AUGGAGACCAAGAAUGUACAAAUAAAAUUUGAACAAACAAAUUUUGAACAUCGAGGUGAACCAAUUUAUGAGGCUGCUAGGAGGGUACUCAAAAUCAUUAGAAAUCAUCCAUUGAUUGAGGGAGAAACAUGGUACCUUGUAGAGUAUCACUGGUAUGGUUUAUUUGAAAAUGAAAUAUGGAAUUGUCAUUCGGAAAAGAUAGGUUCAAUGGACAAUUCAUCCUUGGUAUCAGAGGAAAAUAAUUCUAUCCUAAAACUUGGUGCUUUGGAAUCUGAACAUUUUGAAGUAGUACCAGGAAUAGUUUGUAAUUAUAUAAGCAAGACAUAUGGAUGUAAAAUAGAGAUACCAAGAAAUAGUAAAAGGUCAAUAUUCACUUGA